AUGAAUACCAGUGCGUAUCAAUCCGGUGACCACCAGAUCCAGUACAACAUGGUCCCGGUGGAUCAGUACCAGCAGCCAGAAGGUAUGUGACUUUUUUUUAUAGAAUUUUGACACUGUAAACUUUAAAACGUCUAUUAGAAUGUUAAUUAGUAGUUGGUCCCUUAAAGUUGGACCUAACAGUUGGACCCUAGAAGUUGGACCUCAAUUUCGUACUUUUUUCCUUCGCUUCGAAGUGGUCUAGUAGGGACCAUUUACUUGUCAGGUGCUAAUUGAGAUAAAAUCCCAGAGGAACCAAUGGUCCCUACUAGCCCGCUGGGAACCAGCUGGGCAAUUAUCUUGAUCAAAGAGGAUUACGUGAUUGAUCGUAUUUGCUGACAAGUUUUGAUCUGAGAAACUGUAACGGUCCCUAAUAGACCGACGGCUGUCUCCAACAAAAUGACGUAUAUUCAAAGUGGUAUAUGUCAGCUGUCGGUGGAGAUAUCAAAAACAUGUCAACUGAUAAAAUGUUUCUCACUCAAUUUUACAAAUUUUACCUGUUGGUCCCUUUCGGAUAUCUCCACCGGCAACUGAGAUAAAUUGUUUUGAUUGAACGGUAUUGAGCUUGGACCUCAAUUUAGUAUUGAAACUUGAAAAACGAAAGUUUGAUAUUGUUAAGAUGUGGCAAACAACGGGAACUAUGCCCCGCAGUACGUCCAGCACUACCCGAUCCACUGGGACCAAGAGGCGCAGUUCGAAAACUGCACUGGUGAUCAAACAAAUGGUAAGUGCUUUUUCUAAACGCUAUAUCUCGAGAACCAAUCAUUAAUUCAAAAAUUUGUCUACAGGAAAAAUGUUGCAAAUUUUAUGCUCUACAACUUUGUAGUUGAUCAUUUUGCGCUGAAAUGCUCCGUUUUUGAGUUAUGUUCAAAUUUCUGAACGGCACGUUUUUGCAGAAAGCAACAAGCCAAUCUAUGAGGCGUUGAGGGCAAAGAAUGGUGAAAUCUUUGACUAUCUGGAAUUCUGCAGAGAAAACAAUUUCUCGCAGAAAGCUGUCGGCCAGAUAGUCAAAGAAAUGGAAGAGAUCGGGAUGGUGAAGAGAGGAAGAAAGAAGAGGAUGAUCCAAAUUGUGGUGUAAGUGUUUCGUCUCCUUGAAACCAAUUCAAAAGCAACGUUUAACCGAUUUUUAGAAACGCACACGCGUGCGAUCAACUCAACGAGCUCCGUGCUUCGGUGACACGGUCCCGUCGGUUGGAGGUCCAACUCGACAGCGCGCUUGCCGCGAUGUCGAGAAAGUUGGAGAUGGCCAGAAAGAACACGGCACUCAUGUAUCUGGUGGGACCGCAUUUCGGCGUCGAGCCCAACGAUGUGGUCCUGCCGAGAUCGGACGGUGUCGAGACGGUGAGGAUUGCGGAGGGAUGGCUGAAAGUCAAGUGUCCCGUUGGAUUUGGGCGCCCGAUUGUUGGCGAACGGGUCAAGAAUGGUGGAUUCGUGAGGAGAGGUGAGCGUUUUUGCAUAAAAUGUUUCAAAAAACCCCUGAUUUUUCCAGUCGAUUCGCAUUCGGAAGUGAAGCGAAAGGUCUGCGUUCCAAGGACGUUCACCCGAAAACCGAUUGCGCCCUCGCUUCCGAAACAACGCGAGCUGACGGCGUUGUCGAGCAUUCACGGAUCGAACGCGACCGCCGAUUUGAACGAUCAUCGAUCGGUGGCCGAGUUUUUGAUCGGCGCCAACGACGGCACGUACACCGGAUCGAUGGCGAGGGCGUUGCAAAAGAAGAGCGAGUUGGGCAGAGUGCGGGUCGCCAAUUUGAUCGAGAGACCCAGUGAGUUGCGCCUUUUAGCGGUCCCUGAGAGUUCGAGGCUUUCAGAAGCGAUUGCGGCGAGGAAGAAGAGCCAGAAACCGGCGGCGGUCCCAGUGGAUCAGCAUGUCGAAUCGGUCGGCUACCCGUACGCGGAGAACUGUCAAUGGCCGGACGAGAUGAGCGAGCCGGCUACGAAAAGAGGUUGGUUUUCUGUUGCCAAACUCUUUUUCAACGCUUUCUUUUUCUACAGUGCCGCUUGUCUCAGAGGACGUCCGAAUAAGCGGCUUCGAAUCGGUCGGAUAUCCGUACGCGGAAAACAACUACGGUAAGUCAAGUUUGGAUAGACGUAUGGGUCUGAACAUUUUUGUCUGAAUUCUUGACAUCUACCAGAGCAUUUUUCUAGUUGACAAGUUUUUUCUACAACCACUUCUAAGAGUACUGUAGCUCUUAAAAGUCGGCAUACACUUUUUUUUCCAGAUCCACCGCUAGCGCCAGUCGUGACGAAUGAGCGCGACGUGGAAACGGACAAUGCUGUUUCGCAAGACGCGGAAUACGCGGAAGCCGUGGAAAACUUGGAAAACAUGUCUCCGAGAGCAGCAAUGGAAUAUCGAUCGAAAAACUGGCUGUCCUUCGUGCCGCCCAGCGAACGGAUCGAUUUGAGUUUUCUCGAAGAGGGACUUUACAUUUAA